AUGGGUGACUUCAAUGCCAUCGCUAAAGGUUUUGCGAAUCAACUGAACAAGGCGUUCCCCAACUAUACACCGCUCGUCAAGCUUCGGACGAGGAUGAAACAGUGCAUUCGUAAGGAUCCAGACUGCUUGCAAGAAGCAUGGACGCGAUUCUUCCGGUCUAAUUCGGACGCUCUCUCCGCUCUUCAGAACGGCGACGUAGAAGGGCUCAUAGCUAAUGAUCACGUGUCGGCUCAGUUGGAUGUCGUGAGGUUGUGGUAUGGCAUGUCUGAUGCUUCCAAAGAUGCGGCUCGCAAACAUCUGGAAGCGCUGCGCGAUGCGGCGGGGCUGUCGGCAGGAGUGGACCCAAAGCUCGCGGCAGCAGCCAGGGCCUGGUCCGGAGUGUUUUCUGAGGUCCUGGGUAAACGCGUCGUGGUCCCAGCCCUCUUCUUGAGCAAGAUCGAGAAGAUUGUGGAGUUGGCGCGCCAGAUGAUAAAUAGCAUGGACGAAGAGGACCUGAAGCAGGAGGACGUGGACGAGUUGUUGGACGGCGUGGACCUCGGCGGCAUGAUCAGAGCGGCGGGGGGCACCUCCGAGGAUGCAGAGCCGGACUCCAACGAUCUCAUGCACAAGGUCACCGACAUGCUGGCGAAAUUGAAGAUGUGGGCGGCCGGAGAAGAGGGCAAAGACAUCGACUCCGAGAUGGUUGCGACGUACGUCGCUGACAAAUUGAAAGACGCAAAGUACAGAGACGUAGUGAGCACGUUGCGUUCCACCCUGUUGAACGUGAGGGCCAACUUUGUGCAGUCCGCUCUCCGUAAGUUGGCAGAACAGAUCGACGUCUCGGACCCUCGGAGCUUGGUCGAAUCGGGUCAGGAUCUGGACCUGGGCAUCUUCGAGGAAGAGAUUCGAGGUAUCCUGUCUGGGGUGGAUUCAGCCAAGGCCCAGACGUUGAUCGCUUCCUUCUCGAAACUGGUACAAGAAUCUGGAGUGGCAGAGGCACUGGGAAUGAGCGACGUGUCGGAGUCUUUGAAGACCAUGGCCGGAGGGGGUGCAUCAGGUGGCAGCAACAAUCCUAUGUCGAGACUCUUCAACUCGGAGCUGACGCCAGGGUUGAUCAGUCAACUUCCGAGCGCAGUCGGCGCAGACGGGUCAAUCGACGUCGGGAGGGCGGCCGCGCUCGCACUCAGGUCCAGGAGGCCAGCAGGUGUCAGGGAGAACAUUCUGGACGUCAUAGAGGACGAGGGUCCUGCAUAUCUCCUGGGAUUGAUAGCCAGCGGGUACGCAAAGAUCUCUCGACACAACGAGAUGGUCCUAGAGUCGGGCAAGAAAGACGCGGGUGCCAUAGAUGCCCUGAGGAAUCUGGUCAUGGAGCGACCAGGGCGCUUGAAAGUAAAGAGGCAGUCUGCGCGCUACUUCAUUGCUAGAUCGGAACGCCUGAUCCAGAGAGCUUUCGAGAUAUUGGGCGUGAAUCUAGACAACUACAGGACCGAGUCCUGCUUUCCGUCAUCGAACGUCCUCGACCCUCUGCUCGACCGCCACUUCAUCAGAGGUCUCUUCGACGGCGCUGGGACGGCCAGGUGGGAGAACUCCACGAUGAUCUGCGAGUUCGAUCUGCCCUCUCCAUAUUUGGCUGCUGGGGUGAUGGGUAACUUCCCGAACCACACCCCGAGGAGGGACGCGAAGGACCCCAAGACCAUCGCAUACGUCGGAGGCGAGGCGCUGGACGUGAUGGGUUAUAUGUUCGAGGGUUCGACCUACUACUUCAAGAGUCACAGGGACAGGUUCAACGAGUUUGCCUGCGCCAAUGUCCCGUACACCAGAGCGACGCCGAAUCCCACGAUCCGAGUCCGGAAGGCCGGGUAUCCGACCCUCUCCUCGUUGAGUAAGGCGUGGUCCGACAAGGCGUGGUCCCUGAAGGUCGUGGAUGUCACCGCCGAGAGGACCACCCAGACGGUCUUCGACACGGGACUAGAGGUCAGGCUCCCUCCAGGGUGGUCCUGCUUGCUGUGCCCGACGCCUCAGAUGACCUCGCUGGGGGUCAUAUUCAACGGGCCGCAGGUGCCGCCGCGCGUUCCAGGGACCGACUACGUGGCGCUCAAGGCCACCGUGAACACCAAGUUCUGCGAGGAAGACCUCAACUUCUGCAGCGUGGCGCUGGAAGGCCUGCACAUGGACCUCCUGCUCGUCCCCACGGCGCACUUUCCCAUCCGCCUGGAGGGCCCCGACGAGCCGCCCAUCACUCCUUCUUGA